UGCAGAGCGGGAUUUUUAACCGAAUACCCACCGAUUAAAUCCUGUUGGCCCUCUCUGUCUUGUAGGGUUGUGGUGCUGUGGGGAGUGCCGGCCGGCAGUGGCGGACGAUGGCCGCCUUCAAACGGAGCCGGGCGCAAGCGUGGCCGGAGGAACGGGGCGACCGGGAGCACGGGCUGUACAGCCUGCACCGCAUGUUCGACAUCGUGGGCACGCACCUGACCCACCGGGACGUGCGGGUGCUCUCCUUCCUCUUCGUGGACGUGAUCGACGAUUACGAGAGGGGGAUGAUCCGCAGCGGCCGGGACUUCUUGCUGGCGCUGGAGCGGCAGGGCCGCUGCGACGAGACCAACUUUCGGCAGGUGCUGCAGUUGCUGCGGAUCAUCACGCGCCACGACCUGCUGCCCUACGUCACCCUCAAGAGGCGACGGGCCGUGUGUCCGGACCUGGUGGACAAGUACCUGGAGGAGACGUCCAUCCGCUAUGUGACGCCCCGAGCUCACAGCGAGGCGGAACACGGGCUCGGCCACCCCCAUAAAUCAG